AUGGGCAACGACCGUGUUACUGCUGAGUUUUAUAAGACUACGAUGGAUGAAGCUGUUGUUUUCCAAGACGAUGAUAUGAUUGAUCAUGUCCUCAAUAGAGAGACCGUUGGGCAAAGUAUGUUUAAUGCACGGUUUGUAGCCAACCAAAAUUUCAAAGAAGCGAGCUUACUAACUUACAUUGAGAUGCCUACCAAAUUUGUGUGGAAAAAGGACAUCCGUGAAUGGCAUCCAAGAAAGAAGGGUUUCUCAAUUGGUCGAAUAUUCUAUGUACCACCAGCUUCAGGUUAUAAUUAUAACUAUCUGUUUGUUGGUAUCGUAAUAGAUUUGGUCUUAACAGAGGAAGAGAAAAAGAACUUUGGAUUGUUUGAAUUGGAAAACCUUUUGGGGCAACAAAAUAAGUCUUUAAAAGACUACCCUCCCAUGCCAAUACUAACUACUGAUAAUUCAAGGUUGUUUCAAAAUCGUUUGGUUUUUGAAGAGUUAUGUUACAACCGUGAACAGUUGAAGGAAGAUACUGAAGUGCUGUGUGCCAAACUAACUAAAGAACAAAGUCUCAUUUAUGAUAUUGUUAUCCAAGACAUUGCAGUCAAUAAAGGUGGCCGAACUGCACACUCAAGAUUUGCAAUACCUAUUGCAAUAAAUGAAGACUCUACGUGUAACAUUAAACAAGGUAGUGACUUGGCUGAAUUGUUGAUAAAGACGAGUUUGAUAAUUUGGGAUGAAGCUCCCAUGAUGUAUAAACAUUGCUUUGAAGCGUUAGAUCGAACUAUGCGAGAUUUGUUGCGUUUUGUAGACCCUCAUAGUGAAAUGAAGACGUUUGGUGGUAAAAUAGUUGUUUUGGGUGGAGAUUUUCGCCAAAUCCUUCCAGUAGUUCCAAAAGGUACACGGCAAGAUAUUGUGUCUUUAGCCAUAAAUUCAUCAUAUCUAUGGGAUAGUUGCAAAGUUUUAACGUUGACUAAAAACCUCAGACUAGGUUCGGUACCCAACGGUGGAAACCGGCAGGCGUUACAAGAAUUUGCUGAUUGGAUUGCUAAUGUCGGCGAUGGAAAGCUGGGUGGGCGGAAUGAUGGUUUCGCAGAGGUUGAAAUACCAAAGCACAUGUUACUGUCAUCCGGAGGGGACGAUAUUAAAACAAUUGUGCACAGUACAUUUCCUAUGUUUGCAAAUGGAAACACUGACCCCGAGCACCUGCAAGGUCGUGCUAUUUUCGCACCAACGCUAGAUGUGGUCAACGCAGUCAAUGACUAUAUGACUGAGUUGCAUAAUGCCGAAAGCAGGUCAUACCAUAGUUCAGACGCAGUAUGCAAAGCCGAUGGCGACAACGGUAUAUUUGCAGAUGUACACACACCGAAAUUUCUAAACUGCAUUAGGGUUUCAGGUCUACCAAAUCAUACCUUGACUUUGAAAAUCGGUUCACCAGUAAUGUUAAUGAGAAAUAUUGACCAUUCUCUUGGUUUGUGCAAUGGAACUCGGUUGAUAAUCACAAAGCUAGCAGACCAUGUUAUUGAAGGCGAGAUACUGACUGGUCCUAACAAAGGUACAAAAGUGUUGAUCCUCCGAAUGUCAAUGUCACCCUCUGAUCCAAGAUUGCCGUUCAAGUUUCGACGAAGGCAAUUUCCAUUGAUGCUUUCAUAUGCAAUGACCAUAAAUAAAAGUCAAGGACAAACGUUGACUCAUGUUGGUUUAAUACUAAAGAAACCGGUUUUUGUACACGGUCAGUUGUACGUAGCUGCAUCUCGGGUUAACAAUCCACACGGUCUCAAAAUAUUGAUAGUAAAAGACUCAAGUUCAACUACUACAUUAACCACUAAUGUUGUAUAUCAUGAAGUUUUCAAUAAUUUGUAA